GUUGAAUCCUCAGUGGAAGCUGUCAGUGGGAGCGCUUCAAUGCCAGAAAUGCUUCGCUUGGACGUCGCAGUAACGAUCACAGACACACCAGUUUAAAGGCCAUAAAGGAAGCAUGAGUGGUACGGUUCGAGAAAUCACUCUCACUACUGAUCCCGGAACCCCUUAUUUCCUGCGGGUGGACUGGGUGCUGGACCUGGGUGCCGGCUUCACCGUCGCUCUCACUGAUGGCUGCUCGGCGUGGAUCGGAGAAGUUUCAGAGGACGAGGUGACAAAGGGAGCCGAUGACAUGGGAGUCGCCAGAGAGAGAUAUGUUGAGGAUCUCCUUCAAGCACUGACGGAAAGAGGAGGAGGUCACAGGGAGGUCUAUUCCUUCCUCCUCAGCCCAGAUCACUGUCGUCUCUCAUAUCAGAAGGCCUGCGAUGACAUUUCGGUGACCUUAGGCUCCGUGGAGCUCCAGCCUUCUCCGGACCCUCUGCAGCUGAUGCAGGAGAUGAUCGGCCAGUCCCUGAAGCACAGCACAGAUCUGGAGACGGACAACUUGCAGCUGGCGGAAGAGAACCGUCGACUCAAACAGGCUCACCAGCGAAUCCUGAGAGAACUGCAGCAGCAGGUUGAUGAAAAAGAGGCGUUGGAGAAGGAGCUGUACUCACGUUUUGUUAUGCUGUUGAACGAGAAGAAGGCCAGGAUCAGAGGCCUGCAGGAAACCAUCCGCCAACAUCGCCGGACCGACGGCCAGACAAGUGAUGAGGAGGGGGCGCAGAGUGGCGCUGAGGCCUCACAGCAUGAAGAUGAGAGAAAAGACAAGACAGCUCGGAGCGUCCGUUUAUCUCAGGAACCAACUAUCCUCAUCACAGGCCGGAGUUUGGUGUCUCAGGGCGUCGCCAUCGACAGGACGUUCUCUGAUGAUGAAGACGAGCAGCCGAGGGUGAAACGCAGAAAUCCCCGCAGCCCGAGCUCAGGAUCCUCUGAAGAGCUAUAAUGUUUUCAGUUCAAGGAACUGACAACAUCCAGCUUUAAUCAGGAACAUGAUUAGAGGCUGAAACGGGUUUUCUUCGUCCCUAUCGAACGGUCGUUUCAAUCCAGCCUCACAGAUACACACACACAACCCAAACACUGACAACCAGGCAACGGUGUCGCCGGCCUCGAUGCCAGAUUCCGUCCCGGAUUACGGCGGCAGACGUCACGGAGCUGGUGCACGCCGCUGGUGCGCGGCGCUGCCGCCAUCUGGUUCGCCUUAGCAGUGACGAUCAUCUUGCCUCGGCCCGCCGCUCGCCUUCCCGUCUUCAGUAAAUCAGAAGACGAGUAAAUUAGCGACGCCGUCUUCUCCCAAAACUCUCCAGGCGGCGCGCUUCAUUGUGUCGCCGCCGUAAAUACUUUGCGUCGCCGUGCGACAGAUAACAGGCGCUCAACGCCCUCCGGCGCUUCCUGAGGAACCCGGACAGGAACUGCGGCAGGAGUAUGGAAGCAAUUUCUGAGGAGCUUGACUUCAUCCUGAGCUUGGUUUUUCUCUGCCAAGCCCUCAGACGGAGCUCCGUGUGCGACUGAAGAGCGAGAAACAACCACCGAGGGACGACGCGCUACGCCCAGAGAACAGGGUGUCGUCAGCCAGGAGCCGAAGCUGCUUAUUCAUCCUCUCUCACUGAUGUUUUCCUCCCGCUUCUCAUUAUGAAAAUAAACUUUAUUCCAUCUCUUUCAUUUCCUCCUCCUUAAUUAGCGUUUUGCCAAAGAUAACUCAGCCUCCCCCCCUUUAUUUUUUUUCUUGUUCUCGUCUUCCUCUUCGUCUACCUGCGGGGUUAAUAGGGUCAUGUUGUGCUCACUUCCUCACCUCUUGGUUUUGCCUCUGCUACCAGCUAGAGGUCAGGAGGUCAUCGCAGUACGUCUUCACACUGACAGUAAUGAACCUAUAGAGAGAUGCUCGCCAGUCCUUCUUCUGGACCAUCUCUGACUUCUGGACCUUCUCGCGCUCUUUUAUGGUUUUGAUGAUACCGUCAUGUCUGCCGGAGUCGGCGGGUGGCCGCCACGAUAAUCCCACAACACGUGGUAAUCCCCACAAGAAUGUCACACUCUCUCCUCCCUGUACAUCCCGUCAAUAACGUCUUCCUGAGGUAAAGACGGGAAUCAAAUGAUGAUUUACACGUGACUGCUUGGCAACAUGCGAUGGAAGAGACUGCAUUCAGUAUUCCACUGGUUUCUUUAAAAUGUUUGUUUAAUUCUUGUUCAUUUUAAAACAAAAUGUUUGCUUUUCUUCAAUUUUAUUCUCAUAAAUACAUUUGUGUAUGGUCACAUUUUCAAUCAGUUGAUAUAAAAAUGU